AAUAAUAGAAGAGACUGCUGAGCCGUUUAUGACUCGUGACUCGUGACUCGUGACUCGUACGAGUUGUUUGGCCGAAUCGCUUGGCGCUCACAUAACUCAUGACAAUACAAAAACCCUUCUCUCUUUCCUUCUUCUACAAUUGAAUUCACUUCUCCAACACGCUAAAUCGCCAUUGGACCUCUGAAAAAGCAUCGACUCCUCCGCCUCCUUUCAUCCAGGAUUCUGGCAUUUAGUUUCCGGUUAUCGAUUGCCUUGGAUACUAUCAUUUUGUUGUGGCCUCAUUAUAGUUGUGAAAAAUCUCUCUAAAAGAGUGUCAUCAAAUCUCCAUGGAGAAAUGUUUGUCCCCUGAAGAGCAGCAGGCAAAGAUGAAUGAAGUCAGAAAGAUGAUAGGUUCUAUUGCUGAUAAGCUUCCAGAUAUCUGUUCAGAUGCAUCCAUAUCAAGGUAUCUCAGAGCACGGAACUGGAAUACAGCAAAGGCAUGCAAGAUGUUGAAACAGACCAUGAAAUGGAGGCUAGAAUACAAGCCAGAAAAGAUUCGAUGGGAAGAUAUUGCUCAUGAAGCUGAAACGGGAAAAAUCUACAGAGCUAACUAUGUUGACAAAUUUGGAAGAGUUGUUCUUGUCAUGAGACCUGGUUUUCAGAACACAAACGUUGUAAAUGGACAAAUCAAGUUCCUAGUUUAUUGCAUGGAGAAUGCAAUAAUGAAUCUAAAGUCAGACCAGGAGCAGAUGGUCUGGUUAGUCGAUUUUCAAAGUUGGAGCUCGUCGAGCAUAUCAAUAAAGGCGACUCGGGAAACAGUGAAUGUCUUGCAGAAUCACUACCCUGAGAGAUUGGGUUUUGGAAUCCUCUACAAUCCGCCAAAAAUAUUUGAGUCCUUCUGGAAGAUGGUGAAACCAUUUAUUGAGCCAAAGACAUUCAAGAAAGUUAAGUUUGUGUACUCUAACAACCCUCAGAGCCAGAAGAUCAUGGAAGAGCUUUUUGAUAUGGAUAAGUUGGAAUCUGCAUUUGGAGGGAGAAACUCAGUGAGUUUUGAUUAUGAAGCUUAUGCACAGAGAAUGAAAGAAGAUGAAAAGAACAUGUCUAAUCCCAUCAACUCUAGUUGUUCCACACAAUCCCUUGUGUCCGAAUUGCAGCAGCCGUCAGAAACUUUGGCUUCUGAUCUCGGUUCUGAUGGCGAGGAAGGUGGGUUUUCAUCCGAUGACGAAAUAACUUCUUCAGACUUGUUACUCGCCGAUGAUGAGAUACCGGACCAGUCACAGCCACAGCCACAGCCACAUGAUGAUGACAAAGAUGUUGUAAUUAGCAGCACCAAGUAGUGUUUAUGUAUUUGAGAUUUGGUUGCUUCUUUUGAGGAGUAAAUUCCAAAUUUAUACAUGACAACACCACAGAUGUAACCACAAACUAAUGCAUAAGUGAAAUCUCAUUGGUUUUAUUGGUUUCCAAGUGAGAUUGUAAAAUUAGUUUAUAAAACUCAAAGUCAGUGAAUGCAACACUUUGAAAAAACUAAAAGCUCAAGUUUGGGGACAAGGUUAUCCAAUUAAAAAAAGAGAAUUGCUAAGGUUA